AACAAACAGAUGCAGAGCCUUGAAACCAAGACAACAACUUCUCCCACUCAUUCAUCAACAACCACACACACUCUCUCUCCCCUCUCUGCACCAAAACCACUUCUCCGGCGACAUCUCCGGUCAGGUUCCGGCAACCUCAUCGGCGAAUCGGCAUGCCAACACAAUGAAUGCGGAACCUCCGCUGCCGCCGGCGCUCCUCAUGUCGGUUUCCUGCCUCUCCGACUACGACCUCCUCUGUGGCGAGGACACCUCCGGAGUCCUCUCCGGAGAGUCGCCGGAGUGCUCCUCAUCCGACAUCGGCUCCUCACCACUUCCGCCGUCACCUCCGCCGUCGCCGACGAUGACGGAGGAUUGUUAUUCCAUCGCGAGCUUCAUCGAGCACGAGCGCAACUUCGUCCCCGGAUUCGAGUACCUGUCGAGGUUCCAAUCUCGCUCCCUCGACGCCAACGCCAGAGAAGAAUCCGUUGCAUGGAUUCUCAAGGUACACGCGUAUUAUGGCUUUCAGCCUUUGACGGCGUACCUCGCCGUCAACUAUAUGGAUCGGUUUUUGGAUUCUAGCCAGUUGCCGGAAACAAAUGGGUGGCCUCUGCAACUUCUAUCUGUUGCAUGCUUGUCUUUGGCAGCAAAAAUGGAGGAACCUCUUGUUCCAUCUCUCUUGGACCUUCAGAUAGAAGGUGCCAAGUACAUAUUUGAACCGAGAACAAUUCGUAGGAUGGAGCUACUUGUUCUGGGUGUCUUGGAUUGGAGGCUAAGAUCAGUAACCCCACUUUGCUUCCUCGUUUUCUUUGCGUGCAAAGCAGAUUCAACUGGAACUUUUACCCGGUUCCUCAUUUCCCGGGCUACAGAAAUCAUCGUAUCUAAUAUCCAAGAGGCUAGCUUUCUUGCUUACAGGCCAUCAUGCAUUGCUGCUGCAGCCAUACUCACUGCAGCUAAUGAAAUUCCUAAUUGGUCUGUGGUUAAGCCCGAGCAAGCUGAGUCCUGGUGUCAGGGAAUAAGAAAAGAAAAAGUAAUAGGGUGCUACCAGUUGAUGCAAGAACUUGUGAUUAACAAUAACCAAAGGAAACUCCCUACUAAAGUGUUGCCGCAGCUGCGAGUAACAACUCGGACCCGAAUGAGGUCAAGUACUGUCUCAUCAUUCUCAUCAACAUCAUCAUCAUCCUCUUCAACCUCCUUCUCCUUGUCUUGUAAGAGGAGGAAAUUAAAUAAUCGUUUGUGGGUAGAUGAUGAGAAAGGAAACUCCGAGUAAAGAAAAAAAGGAACAAUAAUAAUAAAAGAUCAAGGGAAGAAAAAAAAAAAGAGAAAGAGAGAGAGGAAAUAAGGUGGGCCAAGUCGUCUAGAAACCUCAACAUUUUUUAGAGGGAUUUUGCUAUUAAGAAUUGACUUGAGUGAGGGUGUAGAUUAUAAUAGUAUUAGUAUAUAUAUCUCUAUCGUAUGUACUACGAGAGUUUGAUGGGUUUGGAGUAAUUUUUAUUUUUAUGUUGGUGACUCAUUAAUAUUGAGUUGGCAUAAUUCCUCUAGGAGGGGAGAGGGAUUUUGCAACAUGUUACUGUGGGAGAGUAAAUGAGAGAAGAAAAAGAAGGGAAACACUGAAACAGUGGUAGAAGAAUUUAAUGUGAUUUGUUCUUUGUAACCUGUGAGUGUGGAAGAAAACAAGUGAGUUGCGGGCUGGAAUUCAAAGUUUGCAUUAAUUAUAGGUGAAGGAGACCAAAGAUGGUGGAGCAACGCUGUAGAGAUUGGGAAGAAAAAAACAGUAGAGAGCAGGUAUAAAAAAAACUUUGGUGAUUAUUGAAAGUUGAAACUUAGAAGUUUGAAGUGUUAAUGCCAUGGGGGACUCAUAAGUCAAGAAAAGCUUCAUUUCUUGGCCAGCAUCACUGCUUCUUCAACAUCCACGUUACUACUUUGAUGGGAUACCCUCAACAGUAUAAAGAACAAUUGAAGGACAAUAAGUUGAAGUUUGGCUACAAAUAGUAGACUUUUUUUUUUGGCACGUGCGCAGUCGGUUCUGGUGCGUGCCAAUUAAGUGUGUACGUGUGAUUUUUCUUUUUUCUUUGCGGGAGCUGUUUAUAUAUUUUUUUUUCCUUUUUUGGCCAUGAGCUAGUUUUGGCCUAACUAUACAGGACUCCAAUGGCUGGUGUCCGCGCGUGUGAUGGAAACACGUGUAUAUAUAGGUUUAAUUUAAACCUUGAAUUUUUUUAUUUGUUUUCAAGAGAGAGGAGAACCCUCUUCACAUAGGGGUAAAAAUGGUCUUUGGGGCCUUUUCCUGUGUGCUGUGUAUUGGAUUGAUUAAUAAUGACAACUAUUAAUUUCAUAGAUUUCUUUCA